AUGUUGAGAAAUUCGAAGAAGCGAAAGGUGAAAUUGAGAAAAUCGAAGAAGCAAAAGGUGACAGAGGAAGAAGCACCAAUCAAUAAGUUGCCAGAUGCAGUCCUCGUAAAAAUUCUCUCACUUCUGCCAACAGAGGAAGCAUUCAGAACUUGUGUUAUCUCUAAAAAGUGGCAAACUCUCUCAACUUUAAUUUAUAGCUUCAAUUUCAAUUGUUCAGAAUACCGGGAAAGAGAAGAUUUAUCAUUUAUUCAUAAUGCAUUAGAACAUUCCCACUCUUCCAAAAUCGAAAAGUUUGAACUCGACUUAACCGAAUGCAUGGACUUGUGUCAAUUAGACUACAAUUUGAAGUUUGAUUUUGAUUUCCUAGUCAAUCGUUGUUGUAGAUUUGCUGUUAAGAGAAAUGUGGAAAAUCUUGUAUUGGGUUUAUAUAGUCCUGAAGAGUGCCCAUUGCCUGAAUCUCUCUACACCUGCUGUCCUUCAUUGGAAACAAUGGAAUUAUAUAGGUAUGACGGUUUCUGUCGCGUGGAAAUUAAUUCAUCAACAUUAAAGACACUGAAGCUGAUAGAUUAUGGGAUUCCUGGAGUUGGAUAUGAAUUAGAUGGGGUUUCUGGAGUUAGAGAUGAAUUAGAAAUUUUUGCCCCGUAUCUUCAGAAUUUGGAAAUAUCAGGAGAUUUUCUUGAUGUCAAGUGUAAACUUGUUGAUGUCUCUUCUCUAGUUAAUGCUAAGAUUAAUUACAACAAUAAAUGUAUCAAUCACAUCUCAAAUGUUAAUGAAGAACACAACUGCCGUGACUAUCAUCAAGUAUUAUAUUCCCUCAUCCAAGAAAAUCUUCAAAAGUUAUGUUAUGCAACUGAGCUAACAAUUGGAAAUUGGUUCACACAGGUCAUGUGCAUGUUGCAGUUCAAACGGAUUCCCGUUUCAGAUUUUUACUGCAAAUAUCUAACCCUGCAGUUGCAUAUGAGAGCCUCGCCUCAUGUGGAAACACUCAACAUAGACAUGCAAACUAUGGAGUUAGAUGAUAUUUGCAACUAUGUUGACAAUUCACGCUGCAACUCUGAGUUACGUGAUUUGGCCAAAGGAGAUAAUAUGGAUUUGCAGAAUUGUGUUUCAAGCGUUGAGUUUCACAACCUCAAGAACGUUAAGAUUGUCAUCUCAUCGAAGCUAUGCUUGAAGUAUGUCAAAUGGGGCUUUAAGAAGCUAUUCAAACUUUCAAAAUUUCUGUUAAUCAAUGCAUCCGUUUUGGAGAAGUUCAUUAUCAUAUCAAAGAGAAGCAGGUGUGAGACAUGUUCAGGGAACUGUCUAUCCAAAUAUUUAUUUCUAUUGGCUUUCAAAUUGUUAGAUUGUCCAAGAUCAUCCUCCAAUUCUGUGAUUAUAUUCCAGGAGUGA